UGGAGUGAGAACCAGACUUUCUGUAGCGAAGUCUUCACUAAUAAAACUGAGCAUCUACCCAGAGCGCGAACUUAACCCGUCCGCACUAGUUUGUCCCUGCGGACGCCUCGUAGUCAACUCAGUGCGUCCUCAGAGUCCUCCACUGCUAUGGCUACCGGUAGCGGCGUGACCUCCAGAGAGGGGCUGCGCUACGCAGAAUACCUGCCUCCUUCUGCCCAAAGGCCGGACGCCGACAUCGACCACACCGCGGGAAGAAGGUUGAUAGCUGUAGGACUAGGUGUUGCAGCUGUUGCAUUUGCAGGUCGCUAUGCAUUUCAAAUCUGGAAACCUCUAGAACAAGUAAUCACUGCAACAGCAAGGAAGAUUUCCUCUCCAAGCUUUUCAUCCUACUAUAAAGGAGGAUUCGAGCAGAAAAUGAGUAGACGAGAAGCUAGCCUUAUUUUAGGUGUAAGCCCAUCUGCUGGCAAGGCCAAGAUUAGAACAGCACACAAGAGAAUUAUGAUUUUAAACCAUCCAGACAAAGGUGGAUCUCCUUACUUAGCAUCCAAAAUAAAUGAAGCAAAAGAUUUGCUCGAAGCAUCCAGCAAAGCUAACUGAUGCUGAAGGUCCAUACCGAGGGAAAUGAAAGGCAAGCCUUCAAGUCCUUCAGAAGAAUGUGGAACAUGGUCGUGUCUCAUAUUGACCAAGUCUGUUCUCUGUCAUUAAGUGUGCAGCAAUAAAAGCCUUGCAGCCUUGCUCUGGAAGUUUCCUCUGGAAGGGACUUCAUACGUUCUGUA